CGCGCUCCGCCCCCGCCGGGCGGCCUGCAGCCGCCGGAUGGCGCCGGCCCCGGCUGCCGGGGCGUCUCUAAAAGUCUCGGGGCCGAUCCCGGCGGGCGCAGAGGGGCUCGGGGUGUUUUGUCGUGUCUUCCAGAUUACAGUCGUUUCCAUUAACCCUCUGGUGUUUGCCCCACGAUCGACAUCUCACGGGCGAACAAGGCUUUUGGGCCUGUAGUGUUUGUUCGGUGAAGGUUGAAAAGAUGGGAAACGCAGAAAGCAAUGCCUAUCAGAAUCACCUUUCCAGAUUUCUUCCUGAGGAGCAGUCUGACAUUGAUGGAGUAUUUGAUACCCUAUCAGGAUUAAGUGGCUCAGCUGGAGCAAAAAAUGGCAAAGCUACAAAGAAGACUGUGACUCUGGCAGCACUACAGGUGUAUAUGCGGGAGCCGCUACCAGAGCAAAUGGUUGGCCGGUUAUACAACGGAAUGAAAAGUAUUGACCUGGCUGGGAAGUCAUCAGGGCCAAGUGAACAGAUUACUAAGGAGCAGUUUGUAAUUUUUAUGUCAGACCUCCUAAAAGGGAAUGCAGAUGAGAAGAUUGCCAUAAUAAUGAGAUUGAUCUCCAAGGCAGAAGGGCCUGUGAAGGGCAGACAAAUCCAAGAGUUCACAGAGGAUCUGAUCAUGUCUGUAGUCCACGUACUGAGCUACAGGAAGGAACUGAAAGGUUGGAAUUUGGAGAGUACUAGGGAUUCUGCAAGUGGAGCAAAGGCUCUGGCUUCUCAGCUGCUAUCAGAAUUGAAGCUUGCAGAUGGGACAAAAGCUGUGGGUCCUCAGCUGAUGGAGACAAAUUUUGAUCAAAAUGUCAUUGAGGAUUGGGUAUAUCGAGUUCCACAGAUCUCAAUUUUCCUCAGUGUUGUUAUCAGGCAAGGCCUCCAUGUUCUGCAUUCUCUCCCAGACCAAACCAAAGACAUACUCAACCUGGUUCCAAGCUGCAAAGGCAUCAAAAGAAGAGGACUUGUCAGUCUCUUUGACAUCCCAUCCAUCAUAUACAUCAACUCCCAUCUGCCUGCAGAGCUACAGCACAAGUGGCAGCUUUUGUUUUCUUCUAGGCUUCAUGGAGAAAGCUUUUCACAGUUAUGUGGGCAUAUAGUAAACAAAGGUCCUUGCCUAGUGAUCUUACAGGACUUAGAUGGUUAUAUCUUUGGUGGGUUUGCAUCUCACUCCUGGGAGGUGAAGCCACAGUUUCAAGGUGACAACAGAUGCUUUCUGUUUUCUGUUUUCCCUUCUCUUGCUGUAUACACAUACACAGGGUAUAAUGACCACUACAUGUAUUUGAACCAUGGCCAACAAACAAUGCCAAAUGGACUUGGUAUGGGCGGACAGCACGAGUACUUCGGGCUCUGGAUAGACAGUGACUUUGGGAAGGGACACAGUAAAGCAAAACCUCGAUGUACCACUUACAACAGUCCCCAGCUGUCUGCGAAGGAGGAUUUUGCACUGGAUGCCAUGGAAGUUUGGGCAGUGGGAGACCUCCCUGAAGGUGCAGGGAUAAAAGGUAAGAAGAGCAUCCUGGAUGUAGAUCCUGAGGCUCAGGCCUUAUUAGAAAUGGUUGGAAAACCUCGUCAGAGCGCAGGUCUACGAGAACCCAUUGAAGAGGACGAUGAUGAUGAUAACUAAAAGAAUCACAGUAACAUAAAAAAACUUUUUUUUUUUUUUUUCCUGCACCUGAGUGUUUAUGUUCCUUGGAUAGGAUAUUUUUUCCUCAUUUUUUUUCCUUACAUUUACCUAAUUUUCAGGGGCAAAGCUUAAGCCUCAUACUUAUGUAAUAUUUAGGUCCAAUACAGUAUCCUGCCUGAUAGGUUUUGUUUGGGGACAACAGAAAAAUUAACUAGGUCCUUAAUCAUUAGACAUCUCUAAGUUCUAGCCGAAUAUGAAUUUGCUAGCAUUCCUGAUAAAUCCUGCCGGCAUACAGAAUUAAAACCAAAAGAAGUUAUUGACAGUAGGUCUUACUGACUUGGGAAAUUGAUGUGUAUUUAUGUAAAGACUGUUCAAGACACUGAUUAAGGCUUAUACCUCAACUGCACAUAUUUAUUUGCAUGCAAUGAAAUUAGUCAGCGAAGCUUGUAAAUUGUAAUGAUGUCUUACACUGGUAAACAUAGAAUAGUCCACGUGAUUCCAUAUGAAAGAUGCUAUUAAUUUGCAUUGCUUCAGUUAAAGCAUUAAAUUUCAUGUUUUCUAAGUCAGAUUUUUCAGCAACUGACUAUAUGGGCUGUAAGAUGUCCAGACCAGCAUCCAGUUUUAUAAUACUACACUAUUCCUUAGUGCAUUUCACUUAAGAUGUUUCAGCAUAAAUUUGUCUAUUGCUUUUUAAACUUAGUAGGACAGAGCCAUUGGAGUCAUUUGGCCAUAUUUAGCCUAAGAAUGGGCCAUACCCCCAGCAGAAAUUCUCUAGGGAAGGUACCUUCUUCAGUAGCCUCACUUGAGACUGGAGCAAAAGAUCAGGCUUUAAAAAGGAUUAAGAAGUGUCCUCAGUUAAUUUGGAAUAGUAUCUGGAGAUACCUUGUAAAAAAAAAAAAAAAAAAAAAAUUAGGGUUAUGUCUGUAGCAUGUUUAAGGAAGGCUACUGUGCACUUCUUUUCCACGUAACGAAUCAUUACUGUAUUAUGGAAAAAACCACCCACAGUGUGAAACGUAACUAGUUGGUUGGGGUUUUUGCUGUUUUGUUGGCUGUUCACCAGUCAACACCAGUUUUGUCAGGUCUCUUACACUCAGGGCUUUUUCUACUUGAAUCCGUUCGCGUUUGUUAGUAAUUAUUAGUUUGACCUAGCUAAUUCUAUGUAUAAUUAACUUGUCAAAAAUAACCCUAAUUUCUACCAGGGACUCUCAUUUCUAACUCAGCAAACUGUAUUUGGUUGUUAGUAUGUAUGACUGUCAGUCUUUCUCCUCUUAAGGAAGAGGACUGGAUCAAAGCCCCUUUGUCCUAGCAUGAGUUCAUCUUCCAUGCAGGUUAGAGCAAAAAAUGUCUUGUACCUUCUAUAAAACUACUGCGAUUCCUGGUCAUGUGGCUUUCCUUCAAUGCUUUUCCUUAACAUCUUCUUGUAUGUGGUCUUUUUUUUUUGCCAUGUGAUGUUUUUCAUAGGGAGCCAGAUUUGAAUAUUCUGAAUAAUCUGCACUUGUGCCUUAAUGUAGAUCCCAUUUUUUAAAAUUUUGUUAAACAGUAUGAAUUUAGCCUUGAAAGGAGAGCAUGAAGAAAUCACUCCAGCCAGACAGCCUAGGACUCAACUGUGCAUUCUGUAUGCUGCCUGAACUUGUGAUUUGGCAUAUAUGCUGUCUGUUCCAGUAUGGAGUAUGCUGUGAAAGGCCUGAGCUAAUGCACUUUUAUCUUGUAUUUGCUUAGAUGAACCAGAUAGUCUCCCAAGUUUGUAACACAUAGAAAAAAAUGUAAGCAUUAAAACAAUUACACUGAUA